AAUAUAUAUAUAUAUACAUAAAUAAAUAAUGAAUAACACUCAAAAGCUUGUAAUAAGGUUUAUAUUAUUAAUUUGUAUUACUUUAUCUAACUUUUUUGGCAUUGGAAAUGGGGAAGCAAAUUUUAAUGUGCUUGAUUAUGGUGCUAUUGGGGAUGGCAAAAACGAUGAUUCUCAAGCAAUCUUGAAAGCGUGGGAAGCCGUAUGCGGAAAAGGUAAGAGUUCAGCGACACUUGAAAUCCCAGCAGGGAAAACAUUUCUUCUACAGCCCACAGUUUUUGCAGGUCCUUGCAAAACCAACAGCCCUCACUUUCAGGUUAUGGGCAAAAUGGUGGCACCUGAAGAUCCUAAUGCAUGGCAAAAGUGUGGAGGAUGUUGGCUGUCUUUCCUAAGGGUUCAAAAUCUCAUCUUGGAUGGAUCGGGACAAAUCGACGGCCAAGGUUCGUCGUGGUGGAAAGGGAAGAAGACCAAAUGUCAACGACCUAUUGCUCUACAAUUCGACAACUGUAAUAAUCUUCAACUGAGUGGACUCACUCAUCUGAAUCCCCCAGAGGCCCAUAUCAGUAUAUACGGAAGCCAUAGUGCACACCUCACCAACCUUCAUAUCUAUGCACCAGAAGAUAGUCCAAAUACUGAUGGAAUUAAAAUUGGUGGAUCAACCCAUGUUCAAAUCCAUGACUCUGUUAUUGCCACUGGGGAUGAUUGUAUAGCAAUAGUGAAUGGGUCGAAUUAUAUCAAUAUUAGCAACAUUGCAUGUGGACCUGGUCAUGGGAUUAGUGUGGGAAGCUUAGGAGAACUUGGAUCUUUUGCAGCGGUAGAAGGGGUACGUGUGUAUAACUGCAGCUUCAAUGGAACGAUGAAUGGAGCAAGAAUCAAAACGUGGCAGGGAGGUCGAGGGUAUGCAAGGAAGAUACACUUCGACAAGAUCACACUUCUAGCAGCUCGAAACCCAAUUAUCAUUGAUCAGAAUUAUUGUGAUUUGGACAGCUGCUAUAACCAUAAAACAUCAGUAGAAGUGAGUGAUGUAACAUACAGUGGAUUCGAAGGUACAAGUGCGGAUGUGCAAGCCAUUACAAUGUCAUGCUCUGCUUCUCCAGGCUGCCUCAACAUUACCAUGAACGGAAUUAAUAUCACUUCUUCUGUACCAGGAAAGGACAUCUUUGCCUCCUGCAACAAUGCCAAAGGAACUUCCAGAAACACUGUGCCCACAGUGCCUUGCCUCUCAAAGAAAUCCUUCAAUAACUCUAAUUACAUAUAAACAGCCUACCUAUUUUCCUUUUCGUUUUUUUUACUUUCAUCAGUUUAAUAUAUAUUAAUGGAACCCAAAUAAAAACCCUUUCCUUUUCGGUUUGGUAACUUUAUUUU